AUGACACACAGAAAAGGAGAGAAAAUGACCAUUAGCAUUCAGGAGCAUAUGGCUAUUGAUGUAUGUCCAGGUCCCAUCAAGCCAAUUAAACAAAUUUCGGAUUAUUUCCCUCGGUUUCCUCGUGGUAUGCCUGCAACGGUUAGCCGCAGCAACUCUCUGAAGUCUAAUGUGAGCCAGCCUUCAGUUAGUCCAUCAGAAAGUUCCAAGGAGGAAGAAGAAGAUGUGGACAAGUUAUUUGGCGCAUACGGAGCCUCUUCUACGACGCCUGCGAAACGAGAUGAUGAAGUUGAUCUGGAUGGGUAUGACUCAGAUGACUGCACUACCCUGGGGACACUGGAUUUUAGCUUGCUGUACGAUCAAGAAAACAAUGCUCUGCACUGUACAAUCAAUAAAGCCAAGGGCCUAAAGCCAAUGGACCACAAUGGGCUUGCUGAUCCAUAUGUGAAAUUACACCUACUCCCUGGUGCUAGUAAGGCAAAUAAACUUAGAACAAAAACCUUGCGGAAUACCCUGAAUCCUACAUGGAAUGAAACAUUAACAUACUAUGGAAUCACAGAUGAAGACAUGAUUCGCAAAACUCUAAGAAUUUCUGUAUGUGAUGAAGACAAAUUCCGCCACAAUGAAUUCAUCGGAGAGACAAGAAUUCCACUAAAAAAACUGAAGCCCAACCAAACCAAAAAUUUUAGCAUCUGUCUAGAAAAACAGUUACCAAUAGAUAAAACAGAAGAUAAAUCUCUCGAGGAACGUGGGCGAAUUCUUAUAUCCUUAAAGUACAGUUCCCAAAAGUCAGGUCUUCUUGUAGGCAUCAUUAGAUGUGCUCAUCUAGCAGCAAUGGAUGCAAAUGGAUAUUCUGAUCCAUAUGUAAAAACAUACUUAAAACCAGAUGAGGACAAGAAAUCAAAACACAAGACUACAGUGAAGAAGAAAACUUUAAAUCCAGAGUUCAAUGAGGAGUUUUGUUAUGAAAUAAAACACAGUGACCUUGCAAAAAAGACCUUAGAAGUCACAGUAUGGGAUUAUGAUAUUGGGAAAUCAAAUGAUUUUAUAGGUGGAGUAGUUUUGGGAAUUAAUGCAAAAGGCGAACGUCUUAAACAUUGGUUUGACUGCCUGAAAAACAAAGACAAGAAAAUUGAACGCUGGCACACUUUAACAAACGAGCUACCAGGAGCUGUUCUCAGUGAUUGA